UUUAUCAUUCCACGCUUUCUUUGUCUUCUCAUUGUAUCUUUAUUUUUUCUCUUCAUUAAAUUCUCACUCAGCUUUUUGCACUUAUAAAAAGGCUCCUCGAAAGCCCUCUAAACGCACUUCACUAGCUAGCUUGUAUCUGCCUCACCAAUAACCAGCCUUCUCUACUUUCUUCAAUAUUCUCUAGCUCUCAUUCUUUCCCUUUUCACUCCUUAAAAAUAUCACGUAAAGCCUUAAGGCCUCUAACUGUGCAGUCUUUUAGAGCCAUGAAAGCCGUAGGGCCAUGCACACCGCCAUCUGUAACUGCCUCAACGCUAACCCCAACAAAACACACAACAUUUCGCUGCUGCACCCUCACCCAACCCGUAAAAAAGUCUAUAGAGAACCAAUCCAUGAACAAUUUGGAGCGCUUGCUUGACCCAAUUGAAUACAAGUCAAAUACCUGCUGUUUUACGCCUAGAGCCGUCAGACUGGGUAAGAGAUGGCAGGAGUAUCAAGGCAUCCAAAACUGGGACGGUCUCCUUGAUCCGUUAGAUGAUAAUUUGCGUGGCGAAAUUCUUCGAUAUGGUGAGUUCGUCGAAGCUGCUUAUAAGUCAUUCGAUUUUGAGCCCUCAUCGCCUACAUAUGCAAAAUGCCGCUUCCCAAAAAACACUUUACUUGAUCGUUCAGGUCUACCCCAAACUGGUUACCGCGUAACCAAACAUUUACGUGCAACGUCAGGUGUCAAUCUGCCACGUUGGGUGGAGAUGGCGCCUACUUGGAUGUCAAUUCAGUCCAGCUGGAUUGGUUAUGUGGCAGUCUGCCAGGACAAAGAAGAGAUUUCACGGCUAGGAAGGCGCGACGUUGUGAUUGCUUUUCGAGGUACUGCCACGUGUCUCGAAUGGCUAGAGAAUCUACGUGCUACACUUACUCGCCUCCCUGGUGAAGAUGGUUCUGGUGCCAUGGUAGAAAGAGGGUUCCUCAGCUUGUACACUUCUGGGACUGCCAUGGCACCAAGUUUACAAGAAAUGGUUCGUGAAGAGAUUAAUCGUUUGCUCCAAAUCUAUCGCGACGAGCCUAUUAGUUUAACCCUGACUGGCCACAGCCUUGGCGCUGCUCUGGCUACACUCGCUGCUUACGAUAUUAAAACCAACUUUAAAGGCGUGCCAAUGGUGACUGUCAUCUCCUUUGGGGGUCCAAGAGUAGGCAACAGGAGCUUCCGUCGACACCUGGAAAAACAAGGAACAAAAGUGCUACGUAUUGUCAAUUCAGAUGAUCUUAUAACCAAAGUACCUGGUUUUGUUAUUGAUGAAGAUGAUGACAUGUCAAAGAAAGGAGAUGUCCAAAUGGCUGGCUUACCUAGCUGGAUACAAAAACGGGUUGAAGAUACACAAUGGGCUUAUGCGGAGAUUGGCAGAGAGCUGAGACUGAGUUCCAAGGACUCCCCCUACCUCAACAAUGUAAAUGUCGCCACAUGUCACGAGCUGAAAACAUACCUUCACUUGGUAAAUGGAUUUGUGAGCUCCACUUGUCCAUUCAGAGCUACUGCUAGAAAGGUCCUCAGUAAUCAACCAAGAGAAAAAGUUCAGAUUUAGAGUAUUAACCCAAUAAAAAUUCUAAAAAAUUAAAAAGAAAACGCGAUUUCAGGCUGUAAAUGAUGUGAUUUAGUUUUUCCUUAGAAAGAAACUGAAACUGAAAUCAAACUGAGGGUCAGAAUUUGAUACCUUGUUGCCUGUACUAUUUUGGUGAUAGCUGUUGAAUGUAAAAAGGUCUGAAGCUAAUGCCCCUAUGACAAAGGCGAUCGUCGUUUUAUUUUAUUCACUCAACUCAAUAAUAAAAGUGGCCUGUACACCUGUAUUA